AUGCUCCCCAUUCGCGUGAAUUUCCUCGUCCAAUGUCACCGUCAGCAGCGGCUCCUAGCCUCUCGUCCCCAACUCUUGAAUUUAACAAAAUACAACGCCGCUCGAUGUCCCAAAUUGUGUUUGGUCGCUUCCAGGGCGCUUUCAACAACGUCGAAGUUAAUCAAUACCGAACCGUAUACAACGAGUAACGGUGUUUUAAGAGUCAAAAAGCACAUCGUCCCGGCAUUUCCUAUUCGGGAGCCUAUACGUGGCGUUUGGAAUGGGGGCGAUAAACUCCAACUUGUGGCUAACUGCUACAGGCCUGUGAACAAUCCCAAUCCUAAACCCGGGGAUCUGACGAUACUUGCUGCGCAUGGGAAUGCCUUUCACAAGGAAUUAUAUGAGCCCUUUUUUGAGUGUUUAGUGGAAGAAUAUGAAAAGAAAGGCGUCAGAAUUCGAAGUAUUUGGAUGGCAGAUUUCCAUAAUCAGGGAGAUUCCGGUGUACUGAACGAGAAGAAACUUGGUGGGGAAGUCAGCUGGUUCGACCACUCUCGCGAUCUUCUCUCUUUGAUUAUGCACCUCCCAAAUGAAUUCGUUCGACCUAUAGCUGCAGUCGGCCAUUCCAUGGGUGGCGCUCAGAUAUUUCAUCUUUCUCUCAUGCAUCCGACCCUAUUCAGCUGUAUUAUCGGUAUCGACCCUAUAAUCUCCCCGCUUCCAGCCCUUCCCGGCCCUGCUCCUGCAAAUCCUGCAACUCUAUCUGCUAAGCGCCGUGAUAUCUGGUUAUCUUACGAAGAAGCCAUCGAAUUCUUUAAAUCCCGUCCCUUCUAUCAGAACUGGGAUUCUAGAGUCCUCGAUCUUCACAUGAAAUAUGGACUCCGUAAGGUUCCAACACCUCUCUACCCAGAUAUUACAAAAGUUGGCGAAAACGCUGUAACCCUCCGUACUACAAAACAUCAAGAGGUUUUUACAUUCUGGAAAACAAGCGAGCAGGAUAGAACCGAAUCAAAGGAGGUAUUUUUUCGCCUCAAAGAUAUGAAAAUUCCCGUCUGCUAUAUACAAGGUCAAAACAGUAUUAUCAAUUGGGGUAACAAGAACGAGCUGAAAAUGAUUAAUACACCGCAACCUUGCGAGAUGCAUUUCGUUCCAGACUGUGGGCAUUUAGUUCCGCAAGAGAAGCCAAGGGAGACUGCCAUAAUUGCAGCCGACUACCUCCAGCGCCGCAUUAGAAUGUGGGGCCAGAAAACCGAAGAACAGAAAAAGAACUGGCCGCCAACUAUGACGAUCAGUCCCCAAUAUUUCGAGCAUAGGCUACGAGAGGUGAAUGAAUAG